AUGACGACAGAACUCCAGGAGCCCAAGACGGGCCUCGUCCUGGGUUACAACGGCGCGCACCCCUUUUCCCGCGUCGACCUCACCGACCGCGCCUCGGUCCAGGAGCUGCUGCGCACCCUGCUCGACCCCCUCGAGCCCUUCUUCUCGCCGCACAAGGCCCGCGUCCGCGUUCCCGGCGGCACGGCCGUGCGCUUCGACCAGACGGCCGCCGAGGUCGAGGGCAUCUGCCGCCCGCUGUGGGGGCUCGCGUGUCUGCUGGCCGGCGGCGGCGAGUACCGCGGCACCUCGUGGUGGGUGGAGGGCCUCAAGUCUGGGACGGACCCGGAGAACCCCGAGUAUUGGGGCCACCCGAGGGACAAUGACCAGCGCAUGGUGGAGAUGUGCCCGCUCGGCUUCGCUUUGGCUGUCGCGCCGGUGUUUUGGCAAGACUUGACAGAAAAGGAGCGCGGCAAUGUGGAGAAUUGGCUGGGCAACUCGAUCAAUGAGAAGAACAUGCCCAACACCAAUUGGCUCUGGUUCCGCGUCUUCGCGAACCUCGGCCUCAAGAAGAAUGGCGGCAAGUUCUCGCAGGAGAGGCUCGACGCCGACAUUGAGCACCUCGACACCUUUUACCGCGGCGGCGGGUGGUCGAACGACGGGCCCGAGGGGAUUCACAUGAUGGACUACUACUCGUCUAGCUUCGCCAUUCAGUUCCUCCAGCUGCUGUACGCCAAGCUGGCGGGCGACGACGAGCCGGCGAGGGCCGAGGAGUUCAAGAAGCGGGCGCAGACGAUCGCGCUCGACCUUGUGCACUACUACGACCGCGAGGGACGGUCCAUCCCGUUCGGCCGCAGCGUCGGCUACCGCUUCGCCAUGGUCUCCUUCUGGGGCGCGCUGGCCUACGCCGGUGUCGAGCUGCCGGCCCCUCUGACCUGGGGCAUGGUCAAGGGUAUCGUGAUGCGCCACCUGCGCUGGUGGCAGACGCAGCACGGCAUCUGGAGCCCCAGCGGCACGCUGACCAUUGGGUACUCGUAUCCCAACAUGUACAUGGCCGAGAACUACAACAGCCCGGGGAGCCCUUACUGGGCCUGCCUGGCAUUCAUCUGUCUCGCCGUGCCCGAGGACCACCCGUUCUGGACCUCCGAGGAAGAGCACGCGUGGGGUGUGAUCCCUACAGUCAAACCCCUCGAGCAGCCGGGUCACAUCAUGAGCUACCUUGGCGGCCACUGCAUGCUCCUCUCGUCGGGCCAGGCGUGCAGCUACCCGAUGAAGGGCACACACGCCAAGUACGGCUGCCUCGCCUACAGCAGCGCCUAUGGCUACUCGGUGCCGCCGGGCCUCUUCUCGCUCGAGCAGUAUGCGCUCGCGUCGCAGCUCGGCUUCUCCGACGACGGCGGCGAGUACUGGAAGACGCGGCGGCGGUCGGACUACGCAGGCAUCCAGACGCGCGACGGCAAGCCCGUGCUUGUGUCCUCGGCGGCGACGCCCAACUGGCACCUACGCAUCCACCACAUCACGGCCGGCCGCGAGGUCAUGACGGCGGACGGCGCCUUUGCCAUCCGCAACGAGACGGCGCCGCACGGCAGGGUGCUGCCGCUCUACGACGAGGCAACGGGCGAGGGCACGCGGCCGCGCAUCAUUGGCAACUACGACCUCGCGAGUCCCGAGGGCUGGGCGUCCGGCGGCGACGGCGCGUUCGCCGUGUCGACGCUGGCGGGCGCCGUGGGCAUCAGGGCGCUGGAGCCCGGGGCGCGGCGCACGGCGAACCUCGUCAACGCCGACCCCAACUCGAACCUCAUCGAGAGCAGGUCCGUCAUCCCGACGCUGCAGGGGACGCUGAAGGCGGGCGAGGAGGCGUGGUUUGUGGCGGCCGUGUUUGCGCGGCCUGCGGGCGAGGGCGUCGCGCGAGGGACGUAUCUCGAGGGCUGGGAUGCGCCGCCUGCCGUGCCGGCAUGGGUUGAGACGGAGGGCAAGGAUGUUUAG